AUGUCAACUUCAGAAGAGGCAGACGGGCCGCGGCCGAGAUAUGGCUCUGUCCUGGAUGGAGUGGAGCGGCUCACUGCAGAGGAGAUGGAUGAACAGCGACAGCAGAACAUGGCCUAUGAGUAUCUGUGUCACUUGGAAGAGGCCAAAAGAUGGAUGGAGGCCUGUCUGGAUGAGGAGUUACCACCCACCACAGAGCUGGAGGAGGGGCUGAGGAAUGGAGUCUAUCUGGCAAAACUUGGGAACUUUUUUGCUCCCCACACAGUCUCUCUCAAGAAAAUUUAUGACCGUGAGCAGACACGGUACAAGGCGACAGGUCUUCAUUUCAGACACACAGACAAUGUUAUUCAGUGGCUCAACGCCAUGUCGGAGAAGGGGCUGCCAAAGAUCUUCUACCCCGAAACCACUGACAUAUACGACAGAAAGAACAUGCCGCGCUGUAUCUACUGCAUACAUGCACUCAGCCUAUACCUGUUCAAGCUUGGUCUGGCCCCUCAGAUUCAGGACCUGUACGGAAAAGUAGAUUUCACUGAGGAGGAAAUCAACAACAUGAAGAGUGAGCUAGAGAAGUAUGGGAUCCAGAUGCCCGCCUUCAGCAAGAUUGGUGGAAUUCUGGCCAAUGAGCUGUCAGUGGAUGAAGCAGCAUUACACGCUGCUGUGAUUGCCAUCAAUGAUGCUAUUGAUCACGGUGUACCAGAGGGCACCCUGACUGCCAUGCAAAACCCAAAUGCCAUGUUGGUCAACCUGGAUCUGAGCAGUGCCCACGCAUACCACGAUACAUUGUACCAAGCCAAAGGAGAGAAAGUGGCCAGUUCACGCAAACGGCAACUACCGGAGCGUGCAGAUGUGGAAAGGGAUGUCUACGAAGAGCUCCUCACUCAGGCUGAAAUUCAGGGCAAUGUCAACAAAGUCAACUUGAGCAACGCACUGAGGGCAGCUGAGGAGGCUUUGUUGAGUGGCGAUGAAGAUAAACUAUAUGAGGCGCUCAAGGCCGUGGGUGCAAAGAACUUGCAGGCCCAGAACAAAGGCUGGUACGUUAAACAGCUGCUGGCUGACCGAGAGGCUAAAGAACAGGACUUUCCGGGAGAGGCUUUGACUAAAGAUGAAUUGCAGAAUGGUGUGGACAUGGCCAAUGAGAUUGCAGAAGGCUACCUGAGGAUGUUGAAGGCAGUAGAGCGCAUCAACACAGCUAUCAGAGCAGGUGUCCCACAGAAGACAGUGGAGGAGCUCAUGAACCCUGACGCCCAGCUGCCUGAGGUCUACUCCAGUGCUGCAGAUCUCUACCAGAGAGAGCUGGCCAGUCUGCAACAACAAAGCCCAGAGGGCUCAUUGUCACACCCAGAGUUGCUAGUUGCGGUGGAGAUGCUCUCUGCUGUCGUGCUGAUGAAUGAGGCCAUGGAUGUUGGGGACCGUGCCGCCCUCUGGAAGCAGCUGUCCAGCUCUGUUACUGGACUCAGUAAUGUGGAGGAAGACUAUGCACAGAGGUACAUGGAUGAGCUGAUGCGUCUAAAAGCAGCAGCCAGAGAGGAGGGCUGUGACUAUCUGACCUGGAAUGACAUUCAAGCCUGUAUUGACCAGGUCAACAUGACUGUGCAGGAGGAGCAUGAACGUAUUGCUGCCAUUGGACUGAUCAAUGAAGCCCUGGAUGAAGGAGAUCCCAUGAAGACCUUGGCUGCCCUCCAGAACCCUUCAGCUAAGCUGACAGAUGUGCACCCACCUGUUGCUCAGCAUUACCAUGAUAAACUGCAGGAGGCCCGCAGAGAAAAAGCCCAUGAGACCCAGGACCCCACUGCUGUGCUGUGGCUGGAUGAAAUCCAGGAUGCCAUAGUGAAAUCUAACCAGGAUACACAGGAAGGUUUACAUUUCUCCCAGUCCAUCCAGGCUAUCAAUGAGGCAGUGGAUAGAGGUGAUGCAACACAGACCUUAGCUGCUCUACGUAACCCUGGUGCAGGAUUAUAUGGGGUCACCUCUGAGUGUGCACAGACCUACCAGGAUGACCUGGCCAAAAUCAAAGAAGAGAAGAAGAAAGACGGUGAUAAUGGCAGUGAAUGGGUGAGACAUUGGGUGAAAGGAGGUCACAACUACUACUAUAAUUUGAACACAAGAGAAGGCACCUGGGUGGAGCCAGAGAGCUUUGUCCAAAACAACACUCAGCUCAACAAAGAGGACAUCCAGUCUGUGGUUUCUGGUAUAACAACAGCUUACAAUCGGGAGCAACUAUGGUUGGCCAAUGAGGCUCUCAUUACCAAACUACAAGCUCGUUGCCGUGGCUACUUGGUGAGAAAUGGCAUCAAGGAGAGGAUGAAGUUCCUGAAAUCCCAAGAGCCAGCUGUUACAUGCAUACAGGCCCACUGGAAAGGUUACAAACAGAAGAAGAACUUUAAUGAACGUAAGGAAUAUCUGAAUGCCCACAGUGAAGAUGCUGUCAAGAUCCAGUCAAUGAUUCGGAUGUACCAAGCUCGCAAGAAAUAUAAAGACAGAUUAAAGUACUUUAAUGAUCAUAUCGAUGAUGUGGUGAAGAUUCAGGCAUUCAUUAGAGCCAACAAGGCCAGAGAUGACUACAAAACACUGAUCAAUGCUGAAGAUCCACCAAUGGCAGUGGUGAGGAAGUUUGUUCACCUGUUGGACCACAGUGACCAGGACUUCCAGGAGGAGCUGGAACUGAUGCGGCUCCGUGAGGAGGUUGUUACCAACAUUCGCUCCAAUCAACAGCUGGAGAAUGAUCUGAACCUGAUGGACAUCAAGAUCGGCCUGCUGGUGAAGAACAAGAUCACCUUACAGGAGGUGGUGUCCCAUAGUAAGAAACUAACUAAGAAGAACAAAGGACAGCUGUCAAACCUGAUGAUGAUGAACAAGCAGAAAGGAGGCCUGAAGGCACUCAGCAAAGAGAAGAGGGUGAAACUGGAAGCUUACCAGUACCUCUUCUACCUCUUACAGACCAACCCCACAUAUCUUGCCAAGCUUAUCUUCCAGAUGCCACAGAAUAAAUCCACAAAGUUCAUGGAUUCUGUGAUCUUCACCCUGUAUAACUACGCCUCUAAUCAGCGAGAGGAGUACCUGCUCCUCAAACUCUUCAAAACUGCCCUUCAGGAGGAGAUAAAGUCGAAGGUGGACCAGAUGAAGGAGGUUGUCACAGGAAACCCAACGGUUAUCAAGAUGGUAGUUAGUUUCCAUCGUGGUGCACGAGGCCAGAAUGCAUUACGGCAAAUCCUGGCACCAGUUGUCAAAGAGAUCAUGGACGAUAAGACGCUAAAUAUCAAGACCGACCCCGUGGACAUCUAUAAGAGCUGGGUCAACCAGAUGGAGACACAGACUGGAGAAGCCAGUAAGCUGCCUUAUGACGUAACUCCUGAGCAGGCUAUGGCCCACGAGGAAGUGAGGACGAGACUGGAAGCAUCAAUCAAAAACAUGAAGACGGUCACUGACAAAUUCCUGUCUGCUAUAAUCGUCUCUGUGGAUAAAAUUCCGUAUGGGAUGCGGAUCAUCUCUAAAGUACUGAAAGACACCCUGCAUGAAAAGUUUCCUGAUGCUACAGAGGAUGAGCUGCUCAAGAUUGUGGGAAACCUGUUGUAUUACCGUUAUAUGAACCCAGCGAUCGUCGCACCUGAUGCCUUUGACAUCAUUGAGGUAUCAGCGGGGGGUCAACUCACCACAGAGCAACGAAGAAACCUUGGCUCUGUUGCCAAGAUGCUCCAGCAUGCUGCCUCCAAUAAGAUGUUUCUGGGAGACAAUGCACAUCUCAAUCCCAUCAAUGAGUAUCUCAGCGCCUCCUACCAAAAGUUCAGGCGUUUCUUCCUGGCAGCAUGUGACGUUCCCUCACUUGAAGAUAAGUUCAACGUGGAUCAGUACUCUGACUUGGUCACAGUCACCAAACCUGUCAUCUACAUCUCUAUUGGAGAGAUUAUCAACACUCACACACUGCUGCUUGACCAUCAGGAUGCCAUCGCUCCAGAGCACAAUGAUCCCAUCCAUGAGCUACUGGAUGAUCUAGGAGAUGUUCCCACUGUAGAGUCCCUCAUAGGUGAAAAUCCUCUCCCUCCUGAUGACCCCAACAAAGAGCUGAUGGGGAAAACUGAGGUUUCAUUGACACUCACCAAUAAAUUUGAUGUCCCCGAUGAGGCCAAUGCAGAGGUGGACGCAAGGACCCUCUUGCUCAACACCAAGAGGCUCAUUGUGGAUGUGAUCCGGUUCCAGACUGGAGAAACUCUGACUGAGAUUCUGGAGACAUCAGCCAGCCCAGAGCAGGAAGCAGAGUACCAGCGUGCCAUGCAGAGGAGAGCCAUCCGAGAUGCCAAGACUCCAGAGAAGAUGAAGCAGGUCAAACCGGUGGUGGAUGACAGCCUGACGCUGCAGGGGAAGAAGGACAAGAUCAAGAGCAAUCUGCAGAGGUUGGCAGAGCUGGGGAAGGUUCACCCGGAGAGCCGCUAUCAGGACCUCAUCAACGACAUAUCCAAGGACAUCAGAAAUCAGAGACGGUAUCGUCAGCGGAGGAAAGCUGAGCUGGUGAAACUUCAGCAGACCAAUGCUGCCCUGAAUUCUAAGACCAAGUUUUACAAUGUGCAGGUUGAUUAUUAUAAUCAGUAUAUCAAGACGUGCAUGGACAACCUGGCCAGCAAGGGCAAAUUGUCAAAGAAACCAGGUGACACCAAGACCAAGAAGAGUAAGCAGGUUUCCCAGAAAUACACCGCCUCUCGCCUCCAUGAGAAAGGAGUGCUGAUCGCCAUCGAGGACCUGCAGCCGAGCCAAUUCAAGAACGUCAUUUUUGAGAUUUCUCCAUCGGAGGCCGUCGGUGUGUUUGACGUGAAGGCCAAGUUGAUGGGCGUGCACUUGGAGACGUUACAGUUAGAAUAUCAGGAUCUUCUCCAGCUGCAGUAUGAAGGCGUGGCGGUGAUGAAGCUCUUCGACAGGGCGACCAUCAAUGUCAACUUGCUCAUCUUUCUCCUCAAUAAGAAAUUUUAUGGCAAAUAGGAGAAUGUAAACAAGGUGCUACAGACACUGAAGACCCAACAGCCACAUGCUGAAAGCCCUGAUUGUCCUACAUAACCCCAGUGGCACUUCAUGUUUACCUAUGCAAAUUAAAGUGCAUUAUUUUUUUAGGACACAAAUUCACCGCAUGUGCUUUAUCCUUAAUGAACACUCCGUGUAUGACUCAAGCUGGCACAGAGGCUAGCUGCAGUGUUUUUGUCCAUUCAGUAACUAUUUUCAGUCAGAUGUUUAAAAUUUGUUCUUGUUUUGUUUGUUUUGCUUUCAAUGUGACAAAUAUAUCUUGUGCAUGGGCUUCAAUUAAAUGUUGAAUAUGUUUUAUACAAA